UUUUUGUCUUCGUUGUCGGCUCGAGGAAACAUUCAUUGUUAAUCUGCAAUUCCGUUCCGUCACACUCCUUGUUCAACUCAAUAGUAGAGAUGCCGCUCGGAGAAAGAGGAGGAUGGGAGAGAAGCGAGUCCAGAUACUGCGGCGUCGAGACUGAUUUCUCCGACGAUGUUCCGUCUCUCCUCUCCUUCAACAUCUCCACCGGCGGUUUUGACUAUGUCCUUGCUCCUCUGAUGAACCCUUCGUAUAGGCCAAGCUUGAUGGAAGGAAAGGGUUCGGAGACUCAGGUUCUACCAGUCUCUGGCUCUGACUUGGUCUUGGCGCCUUCUCAGUGGAGCAGUCACGUCGUUGGAAAAGUUAGUUCUUGGAUUGACUUGGACUCUGAAGAUGAGGUCUUGCGAAUGGAUUCAGAAACUACGUUGAAGCAAGAGAUAGCCUGGGCUACACAUCUCUCCUUACAGGCAUGCCUUCUUCCUACUCCUAAAGGGACCUCGUGUGCCAAUUAUGCCAGAUGUGUGAACCAGAUCUUACAAGGACUGACUACCUUGCAGUUAUGGCUGAGGGUUCCGCUGGUGAAGUCGGAUGAUGCUACCUCAGAGGGUCUGACUGAUUCCUGGGAACUGUGGAACUCGUUUCGUCUUCUUUGUGAGCAUGACAGUAAGCUGUCUGUUGCUCUUGAUGUUAUGAGUACAUUACCCUCAGAAACAUCACUUGGACGCUGGAUGGGAGAGUCUGUUAGGGCAGCCAUAAUAAGCACUGAUUCGUUCUUAACAAAUGCUCGGGGUUAUCCUUGCUUGUCAAAACGCCACCAAAAGCUAAUAGCAGGAUUUUUUGAUCAUGCUACCCAGGUUGUAGUUUCUGGAAAGCCUGUUCAUAAUCUUCCAAAGGCUUCUGAUUCUAACACUGAGGGUACGCAGAGGCACCCCCUGCGGUCAUAUUUGGACUAUGUUGCUUAUCUGUUUCAGAAAAUGGAACCACUUCCUGAACAGGAACGCAUAGAGCUUGGCUACAGGGAUUUUUUGCAGGCACCCCUGCAGCCUCUGAUGGAUAACCUCGAAGCCCAAACCUAUGAGACUUUUGAGAGAGACUCUACUAAAUACAUCCAAUACCAAAGGGCAGUUGCUAAAGCAUUGGUGGACAGGGUUCCUGAUGAAAAAGCGUCCGAGUUAACUACUGUCUUGAUGGUCGUGGGAGCUGGAAGAGGACCCCUUGUGAGGGCAUCGUUGCAGGCAGCUGAAGAAACCAAUCGCAAGUUGAAAGUUUAUGCUGUUGAAAAGAAUCCUAAUGCAGUUGUAACGCUCCAUAAUUUGGUUAAGCUGGAAGGGUGGGAAGGCAUUGUUACCAUAAUAUCAUGCGACAUGCGUUUUUGGAAUGCUUCUGAGAAAGCUGAUAUAUUGGUUAGCGAACUGCUGGGUUCUUUUGGAGACAAUGAACUCUCUCCUGAGUGUCUCGAUGGAGCCCAAAGGUUUCUAAAGCCAGAUGGAAUUUCAAUACCAUCCUCGUACACAAGUUUCAUACAACCUGUAACAGCUACGAAGCUUUACAAUGAUGUUAAGGCUCAUAAAGACCUUGCGCACUUUGAAACUCCUUAUGUCGUAAAACUGCACAGUGUAGCUAGACUUGCUCCUUCCCAAUCCGUUUUCACCUUUACUCAUCCAAACUUCUCAACAAAAGCCAACAACCAACGCUACAAAAAGCUUCAGUUCAAUCUACCAAGCGACGCUGGCUCAUCCUUGGUGCAUGGAUUCGCUGGCUAUUUUGAUUCCGUCCUGUAUAAAGAUGUCCAUCUUGGGAUCGAGCCUACAACAGCAACACCAAACAUGUUUAGCUGGUUCCCUAUCUUUUUCCCAUUGAGGAAGCCUGUGGAGGUUCACCCUGGUUCUCCAUUAGAAGUACACUUUUGGAGGUGUUGUGGUUCGUCCAAGGUUUGGUAUGAAUGGUCGGUGUCUUCACCUACCCCAACUCCGAUGCACAACACCAAUGGCCGUUCCUACUGGGUCGGCCUUUAGGAUCAGAGGAUACUGAGAAGAGUCUUGGAUUGAUGAUCAAGUGAAGUAAUUUCAUUGUGCUGUGUUUUUAUGUCGAACCAAAAGACCAAAGUUUACAAGUGAAUCAAAUCUCUUUUGACCUUAUGAGCGUUUCUACUUCAUCAGUAAUAGCUUUACCUCUGCACUUUUAAA